CCCCCAUUCACAUGGACACCGUAGAAGGAAACCCCGCGGAACCGAGUGCAGCUCACAGUCGGCCCAAUUGAUCGAGCAAAAUGCAAAGCGGAUUUUGCACCGGUCGGCUCAUACUUGCGGGCCAAUGAAUCGGAAACAAUCAGAUGAUCCGGUCUGGCGCUGGAAACUCGCCGGGGAAACCUUCCGCCCAUAACGUAGGACCGGACCGCGGGGGCAGACAGAUAGGGAAGGUAGUGGGCGAUGUACCACGCUCGACUGCACGACGUAGUAUGGUGCAACUUGGCCUACCUGGCACUCGGCGCAUGUCAGAUCGUGUGUCCCCCGGGCGAGGGUCAUCAUGUGCCGAGCUUCGGUGGAAAGAUGGCGCCCGUCAUUUAAGUGGGCGCCAUGCCCGCGCUCUCGAGCUCUGGUGGGGCUGUAGGGCUCCGACCAAGUCGCCAGGUGGUACCGUCAGACUCGAAGCGAGCGAGCCCGGGACGUUUUGCAAUGCGCCGGUACACGCGGCCCACGAAGGGAAGGCUUUUCGACGCUGUGGUGGUGGGCAAUGGUCGAGCCUGACAGAGAGCGCGAGCGAGCGACCGAUUGAGCGGACCCGGCAUCGCUGUCCAUGUCAACAUGUCCAUCGCUCUCAGCCGCGGGCGGCUUCUCGCCGAGGACGAGGACGAGGACGAAGAGUAGGUUCAAGAAUCUGGCAAUGCGAAGCCAGUGAGCGACAUUUAUACUGUACGAUCGCUGCGGUCACGGGGCACGCCAGCACGCACGCAGAGGGAGAGAGAGAGGGAGAGGGAGAGGGCAGGGAGAUGGUUUGUGAGCGUGAUUAUGACGGCUUGUCAUUUGUACGCAUUUCUGUGAAUUUUGAUCCAGCACGAGAUGUAGCUGCUGAGGAGGCCCGGUGUAUCUCCACUUAUCUCGUAGAGAAUUAGGUUUCUGGGCGGGCAGAGUGAGUGACGUCAAUCGUCGGGUUCGUGCAUGAUUUCGUGAGCUCGGGUUAGAAGCCGGGGAUC